UCAAAGGCCUCUGAUUGGUCGUUCAGCCUGAGCACAACCGUCUAGGAUGCGUUUGGUUAUUUGCGUUACUUUGUCAGACACGGGCGGAGUUAUUUGUUUUCACAAUCGGACAUCAUUUGCGCCCCUUCAAAAACACCCUAAGUUACAAAACAAGCACUUUGCAAUAACGUACCCAGAACUCGCGCGGAGUUCAGAAAUUCUACACAGAGCGGUGGCGGGAGAGAUUGCAAACGGAGAAAUACAGGCAAAUGUUGAAGCGUCCUUCAUUUUAUUUGACGAAGAAUUUGGUGUGAAACAGCAAGAGGGCUUACUGGCAGCAGUUUUUGAAUUCGAAAAAGAUCGACCAGAUGGAAGAGUUCGGAGUCUUUGGUGUUUUCGGAAUUAAUGGUCCGCCUCAGAAGCUGCUAAGUGCCGAUGGAUCUUGCAGGGCUUCGGUUGCUAUUCCUGCCUCUGUCCACCAGGUGGUGCUGUUCAGCAGCGGGCCGUGGGGGGAGAGGAUCUGCGUCAACGCAGAGCUCAAUGAUGCUGACAGGUUCCCCAUCACUAUUGGAAAACUCACUCCUUAUAACAAAUGUUUGUCAUGGGAGCAGUGGGAAGAAGAGACAUGGACAAACGGCGUCACUCUGACUAUUACUUUAGAAGGAGGCGAUCUGUCAAAAGCAGAACCAGAACGUAUCCUGGCUGUGAAGGAAUACACCCCAAAGGACAUGGCGGCUCCCCUCGCACCCCGAGAGCUCAACAAGAGGAAGAGGGAGCGAACGUCGGAGGACGCCGACGGUGACAGCAAGGUGGCAAAGACGGGGGAGGAGGAGGAGGAGGAGAAUACGUGUCCGAAUGGGGCUCGGGAGAAGACCACACCUGUGGCGAAGGUCAAAGGUCAAGGCAAAAGCAGCAAGAGGCUGUUUGGCAGCAGAGCAGGGGCCUCAAACGUGAAUGGAGCAGAUAAUGGAGCAGAUGAGGCGGGUGGGGGUGUGGGAAGAACGCCCCCACAGGGCACAGCCAGGACCAAGAGCAGGCAGGCCAAGACUCCCACGCAGACUGCUCUGCUGAUCAGCCCGUCGGCACGUUGGGGUCAAACUUUAUGUCCCAUCGACGCUCAGACAGCGAUUCUGAUUGGAGGGCAGGGAGCCAGGAUGCAGUUCUGCAAAGACCCAAUGUGGAAACUCUGCACAGAAGACAUGUCCUGGAUGGCUGCAGAGACCCUGGCGGAGGGUCCAACCCCAGAGACCCGGAUCGGCCACACCGCCACCUUCGACCCGGACUCAAAGCGGAUCUUUGUGUUCGGAGGCUCCAAGAACAGGAAGUGGUUCAAUGACGUCCACAUCCUGGACACCCAGACCUGGAGGUGGAGCAUGGUGGAGGCUCAGGGGAAGGUUCCCCCACUGGCCUACCACAGCUGCAGCAUGUUCCGGGGGGAGCUGUUCGUGCUGGGGGGCGUGUUUCCCCGCCCCAACCCGGAGCCCGACGGCUGCAGCGACUCCCUGUACAUCUUUGAUCCACAGCUUUCCAUCUGGUACCAGCCAAUCGUCACCGGGGACAAGCCCUCCCCCCGCUCAGGUCACUCUGCCUGUGUGAUCCAGCAGAGGUACAUCUACGUGUUCGGUGGGUGGGACACUCCCGUCUGCUACAACGACAUGUACAUGUUGGACCUCGGUCUGAUGGAAUUUUCUGCUGUAAAAACGACCGGGAAAGCCCCUUCUCCUCGAAGCUGGCACGGCAGCGCCGUGCUCUCGGACACCAAGUUCCUCAUCCACGGCGGCUACAACGGAAACAACGCCCUCGGUGACGCCUUUAUCUUUGACAUUGAGACCAACAGCUGGACGGAAGCGGCGCUCCCUCAGCUGUCUGUUCCCAGAGCGGGACACUCCAUCAUCGCCAUGGAAACGGGCAGUCUCCAUGGUUUCCAAGAGGAGGGGAAAGGCUGCAGGAAAACUCUGCUGGUGUUUGGGGGCGGAGACAACGAGGGAAACUUUUACUCCGACCUGACGACCGUCGCCGUAAAGGAGCUGCUGGACGCCCUCUGAGGAGUGGCGUUCCAGUGCCAAACCAUUUCCCAACAUUUGGCACCCGUGCCUUUUAUUUGGGCUAUGUAGCUGGGACUUGUUCUUAUUGGUUCUUCUGUGUGCAGAGUGUUUUUUUUUUCAAGUAUUUUGAGAUUUUACAGCUUUUUAUUUUAUCCAAAUGUAAGGUUUAUUCAGUGUGAGAAAUCUGUUCGUUUACACACAUUUAAUGUAGCUUUCAAAAGAGACAUUUAUUUUUAAACAUGUAUAUAAAGGUUUGUUUUGCUUUCUCAAGUAAAUGUAUCCUGUGGUUGGCGUGGUAAACAGGAACCACUGUGAUGAUAGACGCCUUCAGUUUUUUACUACAAAAACAUGUUGCAGCACAUUCAUUCUUUGUUUAUAAUGAAUAAAAUCCUCUUUUAUAAUAGAUCAA